AGUCUACCUACGAUUGAGUCUCCCCCCGGUUUUUGAUCAUGGCUCUUCUGUUGGGCUAUGUCACGCUUGUUCUAAUCGCAGCUCUCGCGGCACUUUUCUACUACUUUUUGGUCAGCACUUAUAGCUAUUGGCAGCGACGCGGUGUGGUGCACGAUAAACCGGUCUGGCUGAAGGGGAAUCUGCCUACUAUAGGCAAAACCACAACGGUGCGAGAGCCGUUUCGUGAGUUCUAUGCCAAGUAUAAGGGUAAGGCCCCAUUUGGUGGCUUUUAUUUUGCAUUGAGAGAGGCAGCAGUGCUUUUGGAUUUGGAACUUGUGAAAUUGGUGAUGAUCAAGGAUUUCAAUAAUUUUGCAUAUCGUGGAAAUUUCUAUAAUGAACGUGAUGAUCCAAUUUCGGCGCAUUUAUUCAAUUUGGAUGGUCCCGGUUGGCGUGAGAUGCGUAUGAAACUAACGCCCACAUUUACCUCACUGAAAAUGCAUCAAAUGUUGCCCACUGUGGUGGAAAUUGGUCAACGAUUCAUUAAGGUGGUGGAGAAACAAUUGCCUACUCAAGGUCGGGCUUAUCCGGUGGAGAUGAAGGAUUUGUUGGCACGCUUUACGACCGAUGUCAUUGGCAGUUGUGCCUUUGGCUUGGAUUGCAAUAGCCUUGAUGAUCCCCAGGUUGAAUUCCGUCGUAUGGGUAGCAAAGUAUUCACAGAUCGUCGACAUGGUCGUCUGGCCUUUGCUUUCAUUCAAGGCUUUCCAAAGCUAGCGAAAAUGAUGCGCAUGAAAGUGGCCCGUGAUGAUGUCAGUGACUUUUAUAUGCGAGUAGUUAAAGAUACUUUGGAUUAUCGUGAUAAGCAUCAUGUGCAACGUAAUGAUUUUUUCAAUUUACUCAUGGAAUUGCGUAAAGAAGAGAAUGGCGGUUUGACUUUCAAUCAGUUGGCAGCACAGGCAUUUGUUUUCUUCUUGGCUGGCUUUGAGACCAGUUCAAGUACCAUGGGUUUUGCCCUCUAUCUACUGGCCUUGCAUCCUGAAAUUCAAGACAAGGCUAGGGAAGAAGUCAAUGAGGUUUUCGCUAAACACAAGGAGUUUAAUUAUGAGGCCAUGAAAGAGUUGAAAUAUCUUCAACAAAUACUUUAUGAAACUAUGCGUAAAUUCUCCAUAGCUCCCAUUUUGGUACGCAAGGCCAUCAAUGAUUAUCCUGUGCCCAACUCUUCGUAUGUCAUAGAGGCUGGCACUGCUGUGGUCAUACCCGUUGAUGCCAUACAUCAUGAUCCUGAAAUCUAUCCUGAACCAGAGAAAUUUGAUCCUGAACGUUUCAGUCCUGAGGCCAUUGAGCAACGCUCUUCGGUAGCUUGGUUACCUUUUGGUGCUGGACCACGUAAUUGCAUUGGCUUGCGUUUCGGGGAAAUGCAAUCUAUAGUCGGUCUUGGCAUGUUGUUAAAGAACUUUAAAUUCUCGGCAGCCAAGGAAACAGAUAUUCCCAUUAAAAUUAAUAAGACUAGCUUUGUUUUAUCCAGCGAAGGCGGCAUCAUAUUGAAUGUUGAAAAGGUUUAGUUAUCUUCAGACUAAGUCAAGCUGUUGAAUGUCUCGAGUUUAAGUAUUUCAUAGCAUAAGUUAUUACAUUGAGUCAGUUGUAGAUCUCUCAAUUAGUAAAUUCUACAUAUAUACAAAACGUUGCCAAAGCAACAGAACAACUAAAAGGCAAAUGACGGCGGCAUCUGCCUCAUGAUUUGUCACACAAUAAAUUAUGCAAUUUCACAUGAAGAUUAA